AUGGCGCGCAGCGUGCUGGCCAGGCCAAGGCUGGCCGGCCUGGUGAUGGCCUGUAUUUUGGUUAUUCCAGGCGCGCUGGCAGUGCCGUCGGCGUUGACGGUGGACGCCAAUCAAGCGCUUCACGUGUCGGCGGUUCAAGAUCUGCACAUCAACAGCACGACGGGGCGGGUGGUGAUGAACGAGGUCGAUGUGAGCCGGGGUCUGGCGCGGUUCAGGGCUGUGCUGCUGCGCAAUCCCAACUUGCUUUGGCAACAACCUGCGCGGCGCACCUUCACUGACACGCUUCUGGGGCCCACGACAGUGGUGGCGGCCGACCUGAACAGGGACGGGCACCAAGACGUGGUGGUCGGAGGUGUAAGCGACAACACGGUGGCCAUCUUCUGGGGCGAGGGCAAUGGCACUUUUUCAAGCCCACAGGUCGUGACCACGGGCACGUACGCGGCCACGUCCUUGCUCGCAGGGGACAUGGACAAUGACGGCGACCUCGACCUGGUCGGCGUGGGGGAGGACACGGCCACCAUAUUCUGGGCCGAAAACCUGGGGGCGGGUCAAUUUCUCUCUCCCAUGCACGUGAUUACAAACACGACAUCUGGCCCAAGAUCCCUCGUGUUGCACGACGUGGACAAUGAUGGGGCCCUCGACGUGCUGGUAUCGAGCUACGCCUCGGCUUUGGUGGGCUGGUUUCGCAACGAGGGUGCUGCGGGGUUUUCUGCGGUUCGCCACAUUGCUACCGACAUUGACGGCGCCUUCUGGCUCACCCUCGGAGACGUGAAUGGGGAUGGCACGGCCGACGCCGUUUGGGUGGCCUACGACGGGCUGGUCUGGCGAGCUGGCAACGGAACGGCUUUUGAUGGGCCCGUCUACUCAAUCUUUGAGCCCGAGUACGAGAGCUUCUUCAGUGUCUUGGCAGCCGACUUUGACAACGACGGCGACGUGGACGUGCUCGGUGGCACGGAGGGCGAAGUGGGCGGCGGCCUCUACCUGGUUCAGAACCAGGGGGAUGGCACCUUUAGCAAGCCCCGCACCUUGUCAACGGACAUUGCCGCCACCACAAUUGAGGCGGUUGAUCUGGACGGGGACGAUGACUUGGAUUUGCUUGUGGCCUCGAACAAGGAUGACAAGUUUAUCUGGUUCCGCAACAAUGGCGGCGGUUUCUUUUCUCAGCCCCUCUCCCUGGAUCAAGCCGUCACCGGCGCGGAGGCCAUCCAUGCCGCCGACCUCGAUGGCGACGGUCUCCCGGACAUAGUAGCCACCAUUCCCGACCUCAACCUUGUCACCUGGUACCGCAACGACAACUGGGCCUCCCUACUGCCCUCCUAA